AUGGUGAAUAUACUACAAAAACUUGGAAUUCGGAAAAAGAAAUUAAACCUUAUAGUGUGUGGUUUGGAAAAUUCGGGAAAGAGCUCGAUCAUCAGCCAUCUCAAACCUUCUUCGGAAGUAAAGCAGGAAAUUCUACCAACAGCAGGUUACAAACUUGAGGAAUUUUCGAGAAAUGGAUAUUAUUGCAGAGUUUUUGAUUUAAGUGGUGCUGGAAAGUACAGACCCAUGUGGAAGUAUUUCUUUGAAAAUCUUGAAGGCAUUCUGUUCGUCAUAGAUGUCAGUGACACGAAAAGAUUAUGUGUGGCAAUAGACGAGUUAUUGGAUCUUGUGUCCAACAAAGAACUUGCAGGGGUUCCUGUCUUAGUUUGUGCUAACAAAAUUGAUAUCGACAAAAAGAAGGUUUCAUUGGCACAAAUUCAUAGCAUUCUCAGCUUAGAGGGAAGUAAUCGGAAUGGAAGAUUGAAGGAACAAGUGCCAAAGAAGGAACAGGAAUCGAAGAAGCAUUUGCUUGGCUUGUGA